UGGCAGGUGGGCGGGCGCUACCGGGGCGCUCUCGUACGGCACUGCGGGGCGGGCCGCGCGGGGGGCCGGUUCGGUCUCCGCCUCCGUGGUCCCGGCGCCCGGGCGGGGCCUCUCGGGAAGAAGAGGAGGGGCGGAGGGCGGCUCUUCCCGCCGCCUCCUCGGCAAGCGGCGGAGGGGCCCGCCCCGCGACCUCCGGGGGUCGGUUCUCCGAGUUGCUGUGGUCUGCGCGGGGGGCUCCCGAGGAGGACCGCCGCCGUCGCCGCCUCCUUCGUUACCCGGGCUGACCGAGGUCGCCGACCCCGGCCUUCGCCGGCGCAGCCCGGCGCCCUCGGGUGCAGGAAGCACCUGGGUGGAGGCCUCCUUUGGGAGAGCCAGAGAUGGCAUCCAUAGACUUCAAGACCUACGUGGACCAAGCCUGCAGGGCUGCCGAGGAGUUUGUCAACGUCUACUACACCACCAUGGACAAGCGGAGGCGCCUGCUGUCCCGCCUCUACAUGGGCACCGCCACCCUGGUGUGGAAUGGAAACGCCGUGACAGGACAGGAGUCCUUGAGUGAGUUUUUCGAAAUGUUGCCUUCCAGUGAGUUCCAGAUCAAUGUGGUUGACUGCCAGCCUGUACAUGAUGAAGCCACCGCAAGCCAGACCACAGUCCUCGUUUUGAUCUGUGGAACAGUGAAGUUCGAAGGCAACAAACAGCGGGACUUCAACCAGAACUUCCUCCUGACUGCCCAGGCCUCACCUAGCAACACCGUGUGGAAGAUAGCAAGUGAUUGCUUCCGGUUCCAGGACUGGACCAGCUAGUAGAGCAGGCGUCAGCCCCAGCUCUGGAGGGAAACAUCUCAAAAUGUGGGGACACCAGUUCCUUUCUGUUGUUGUGGACUACCCUGGCCAGGUGAACUCUGCAUUUGCUCGAGUCCAAGGAGCCCCUUUAUUUGUCAUAGUUGCCUUUUCGUAGUACAGUUUUCUAUUUUUCUACUUGUCCAGUGGAGACCCUGGUUCUGGAAAUACUGACAAAUAAAUAAUACUACACGUGUU